AUGGCCCAAACCAAGAACAAAUACUCCAUCCUCCUCCCCACCUACAACGAACGCCGCAACCUCCCCAUCAUCACCUGGCUCCUCGACCGCACCCUCACCCCUGUCGGUCUCGACUGGGAACUCAUCAUCAUCGACGACGGCUCCCCGGACGGAACCCAGCAAGUCGCAAACCAACUCAUCAAAGCCUACAAUUCCCGAUCUCAAGAACGUAUCAAGCUGAAACCUCGCGCUGGAAAGUUGGGGUUGGGCACGGCAUAUGUCCACGGUUUGCAGUUUGUCACGGGGAAUUUCGUGGUGAUUAUGGAUGCGGAUUUUAGCCAUCAUCCCAAGUUUUUGCCGGUUAUGAUUGCCAAGCAGGCGGAGGCGGAUUAUGAUAUUGUGACUGGGACGAGGUAUGCGGGGGAUGGAGGGGUAUAUGGGUGGGAUUUGAAGCGGAAGAUGGUAUCACGUGGGGCGAACCUGGUCGCGGAUACGGUGCUCAGGCCUGGGGUUAGUGAUUUGACGGGGAGUUUCCGGUUGUAUAAGCGGAAAGUGCUCGAGGAGGUCAUUGGGGCGACGGAGAGUAAAGGGUAUUCGUUCCAGAUGGAGAUGAUGGUCAGGGCUAAAGCGAAGGGGUUUCGGGUAGCCGAGGUACCGAUUUCGUUUGUUGAUCGCGUUUAUGGGGAGAGGGGUGUUUGGGUUGUGGUAUAA